UUUCCACUGUUUCUUUCUGAAAUGAUCAGAAAAGAAGUGUAAAGCCAGAGUCAGACUUGUGUCUGAUGGUGUUGGCAAACAUUUGUGACAGUCUGCUCACUGUGUCAUACUGGCAGGGUUUCUGCGUAGCUCAUGGUUUCAACGAUAGUUCAUUUCUUCUUAUACUGUGGAGGAAACUACAUAGCUACAUUGCAGUUUAACUGAUAAUGCCUACAUGAAAUGUAAAAUGCUAACUACAUAUGCAAACUACAUACACCUGUAUAGUUUAUUAAGACAUAAGCUGUGGGAUAUGUCACAUAGAAAGACUUAAGCAUAGCAUCUGUCUAUUUUACUGAAAUUCAUGCUGACAAGAAAUGCAAAAAGAGGUGACUUGGUCUGAAACAGACAAGGAAAACGUCAGGCCUACAGACUGAUUGGCAACCCUCUGGCAAUUGGUGGUUGCUUGGGAAAAAUGUGUAUUCUCUUACCAGUUGAUGAGUGGCUACUGGAAGUUGCCAGUAGUCACAAGGUUAAAACUGAUCACUUUGCGACCGAUGUCACACAGCAACCACUCAGGGGAUAUACUGGGGUUUUUUCCCUAGCAACCAGAGGUUGCCGGAAGGUUGUCAACUGGUCUCUGGGCCUAUGUGACUGAGGUCUAAGCUAUCAGCUGGAAUGACCUGCCAGUUGACAAGUCAUAGGGCAAAACUUUCAACAAGCUUCCCCCUUUUCUGAUCUAUGGCUUCUAACCAUAGUUGGGCGAUAUCUGGUUUUAGUUUGGUUUAAGUGUCUUUAAUUAGCCCAGCUCAUAGCUGGGAACCAGAUUUCACUUGGUACCCAUUCUGUUGUGAUAAAAAGAGGUGAAGAGGAAUGUGUGACACUAUGGAUUCAUACUUUGCUACGUUAGUUCUCAAACACUUGUGACAAUGAGGGAGAGUUGCUUACUUCCCACACAAAAACAAUAAACCUUUAUCAUGCACUGGUUACCCAAACAGAUGACCUUCCUAAAAGGGGAUGUACAGAAGCGCAAGACUACAGUUAACUUAAUGAAAAUGGCACGGAAAAAACUAAACAAACCUGAAAACUAAAAACUUGAAAUGUCACUAGAAUUUUAUCAAAAGUCCCAACAAGCACAAAUUCCAGAAACCCAAAGCUCCUCUACGAAACCCCUAAGUUCCUUGAAACACAUUUGUAAUCCUUAAUACUUACUUUUAAGAUUGAGUGGCUUCGCUGCUUGUAUUAUGACAGUGAUAAUAAUAUACAGUCAAAACAGCCAGUAUGCAUCCUGAGAACAUUUUGCCAGCAUAGAGCUGUUCCCCUUUGUGAAGUACAAAGUAAAUAGAGAAGCUGCUUAUAGCUGGAAAGACUAGUUGUGAAACAGCUCCAGGAGCAGCUCAAGAAGAAGUGAAGUGUUUGACAUGAAUCAUCUCAAGGUUUUUGAUGUUGCCUGUUUUGUUUUUGGGGUGUCUUUUUUUUCUCUCAUAAACAAUGGUUGUCUGCUAUUUGUUUUGAUUUGGGGGUGUUUUUGUUUGUUUUUUUGUUUUGUUUUUUAAUGAAUAAUAAAUGAUUUGCUGUAUAAACAGUACACAACACAUUGCUGGGUGUUAUCAAAAACACAGCAAUGUAGAGCAAAACCAUAACAUGACACGACAUUGCCCCGUAGUGGAGUCAUGCCCUCGGUGUAGCGUCAUUCUGCCGCUUAGUAUGGUCUGAGUAAACAGAUGGAAUACAUUUGUGGAUGUGCAGACGCUUGUGUUCUGGACAUGUGUCACAAGACACACAGCCUAGUUUGAGACAGCAGUGAUGAAGUAGUUUUAGACUGGAAGAUUUGGCCCAUAUAAUUGUUUGUGUGCCAGCAUAAAGAGGUAUUAACUUAGACAAGUAUUUGGCUGAUGCUUAGAUUGGGGGUAGGUUAAUGGAAUUGGGCAUGAUGGUAUUCUGAUUGUAUACAUAAACAUCAUGUAAAUCAGCUCAGGAUUCAUAUUUUGGACUUUGAGUUGGUAUUCAUAUGCAGCUUUUUCAAGGUCAGAGUUGGAAAUGACAAUUCAAAAACUGGUUUCUAAAGGCAACUUGUUCUAUAUACCUGUGCCCAGUAAAGCAGCCACCUAUCCACCUAUCCAAAUCCAAUUUCUAUCUUGGAUUUGCCGUGCAUGGUCUCUUUUUGUGGAAGGUACUUUUUGCAUAUGUAAGUUAGUCAAUUUCCAAAGGAAAUCCCUUUGGAAUUUCCUCUCCAUUCCUAACUGUCUUUCUCUCCUUUCCCAUCACUGCAUCAUCACUCUGUUACUGUCAUCUCUAGUCUGGUUUUUGCUGUCCUCUCCACUACUCCUGCUGCCUGGUUGAGCACUUGCCUGCUCAUCAAUUAUCCUCAUCUGCCCUCCCUCUCUCUUCAUUUAAUCAGUCUGUUUUCUCUCUCAUGUUUUUAUCUAUCGCCCUUCCCUUCUCCCUCUUUCUUUCUCUCCACUGAUUCAUCAUGUUUUAGAAACCCCAGAGAUUAUUGUGGGAUUAUGACAUGGAUGGGUUUUAAUGGUUACGUAAAACAGAGGCACAAAAUCCAGAAUAACUUGCUGGGAUUAGAUAUGUUUUGCAGGAAAAGGGAGGAGGUAGUGGACAGACUGGUGGUGAAAUGAUCACAGCCAGCCAAUCCGGGCAUUUCAAUCUUGACAGUAGGGAGUCGAAGAGGAUGAAUAAGCUUCAGCCGCUGGCUGGCAAAGUUUUGGCUCUUUCCCCCUUUCCAAAUGCAUUGUUGGAUGUUAGCUUUUUCAGCUGAGGAAGGAACCAUAUAAUCAUCACCAGAUGCAGGAAAUCUAUUCAGUAAAUGAAGACUCAGAUCCAUCACAUCUUCUUGUAUCGUUUUGGAAGCAGAAACAUCCUUCUGAACUGGAUUCACAUCUGACACAAGGCAACAAGUGGAUAGUCUUUGAUUGAUAGCUCAGACGUAUUGUUCACCAGACAUUUCUGCACCUUUUUUUUUUUUCUAAAUUGAGAAAGAAGACCUGAGAUCUUUUUGCUGCCUUUAAAUCCGACCUCGUUCCCGCCUUAUCUUUCAUGCCAAGCCAACAACUACGAUGAUGUUCUGCACCACCUUUCUUUCUGCUCCUUCUGAGGAACUUAAUUGUGAAGCUUCUGGAAGAGGAGCAACUAUGGGAGGUGGAGGGCUGAGCCCAGGUAGCUGCCUGUCUUCCUUACAUUGCCUGGUUCUCCCCCAGGAUGAACUGUACCCAUCUCUUUCUGACCCCACUGCUCGACUUUCCAUCUGCUCUGAAGACCGAGCUUGCAACUUGGUGGACAAAGUGCUUGUAGACAUCAGUGUGACCACCUGCAAUGCAAGAAGCAGCAGGUGUAUUUGGGAUAACCUGAGAAGGCGACGCAGUCGGUCUGCAUCGCCUUCACCCAGCAAAAUGCCCAACAGUCCUUGUAGCAAGCGUGUCGGAGGACCCGCAUUGCCCAUGGCGACUGUCGAUAUCAAAAACCCAGAGAUCAACAGCGUUCAGCGUUAUCACAACAAUUCUCAGAUGAACAACAUUGUGCACUCUUCCUUUCCUAAGAGGGAGAAAAAAGUCAAAGGGGGGAAGAAGAAGAGGUUGACAAAGGCAGACAUCGGCACACCGAGCAACUUCCAGCACAUUGGACAUGUAGGAUGGGAUCCAAACACAGGCUUUGAUCUGAAUAACUUGGACCCAGAGCUGAAAAACCUGUUUGAUAUGUGUGGCAUUUCUGAGGCUCAGCUAAAGGAUAAAGAGACCUCUAAGGUCAUCUAUGAUUUCAUCGAGAAGAACGGAGGUGUAGAUGCUGUCAAAGAUGAGCUGCGGAAACAAGCACCUCCACCUCCACCUCCAUCCAGAGGCGGCCCUCCUCCCCCACCCCCACAUCACGGCUCCGCCCCUCCCCCACCACCACCUCCCGCACGGGGACGAGGUGCACCUCCACCUCCUCCCCCCUCCAGAGCUCCCGUCUCUGCACCCCCACCUCCCCCUCCAUCACGGCCAGGCAUAUCUGCUCCACCGCCGCCUCCUCCCAGCCGCGGCCCACUCCCACCACCCCCUCCACCGGUCCACGCAUCCCUUCCCGUCGCACCUCCCCCACCACCCCCGCCUCCCCCCUCAUCGGGCGCUGGCGCACCACCUCCUCCUCCUCCCCCACCACCUCCUCCUGGCCCUCCACCCCCAGCUCCUCCACUCGCCACAGAAGCUAACGGAGGGGACAGCAGCCUGCCGGCAUCUGGAAACAAGUCGGCGCUGCUGAGUCAGAUCAGAGAAGGAACCCAGCUUAAAAAGGUGGAGCAGAAAGAGAGGCCAGCAUCCAACGUGGGCAGAGAUGCGCUUCUGGACCAAAUCCGACAAGGAAUCCAACUUAAAACUAGGGACGAUAAUAAUGACUCAGCACCUGCCACACCAGCCCCAUCAUCAGGCAUUGUUGGGGCCCUCAUGGAGGUGAUGGAGAAAAGGAAAAGGGCUAUUCACUCUUCAGAUGAGGAUGAUGAUGAUGAAGAUGAUGAAGACUUUGAGGAGGAGGAUGAGUGGGAUGACUAGUGUUUGCUUGUUUUGUUUUUUCUUUUUCUUUUUCUCCCCUUCCCAAACCCCCCAUUCCUCAAUUCCCCAACCAAAUGAUCACAACACUAAAAUUGUAUUUGGAAAAAGAAAUCGUUAAUUUCAAAAUUAUUAAUGUAAAUGUUCUAUUGAUUUGCUGUAUAUUUUUUGUUGCCUUCAUGCCUUUUUAUUAAUCUGUGCAAUACCUCAUUUAAUCUGUAAAUGUUUGUCAUUGUCAUCUUCGGUCGUCGGCCCUUCAUCUUCUCCCUUUACGCCUUAUUGGCUGGAUCUGUCUCUUGAUAGCAAUAUGUCUCAUCUCUGAUUUUAAGUGUCCCUUGCUCCCCCACAUCACUCCCUCAUCUGUCACUCAGGCAUCUUUCAUAUCUGCUGCCUCCCAUUGCACACGUUCCCAGUCGUCAGUUUAACGUGCAAUUUUAUAUCAAUUUGUCUUUCAAAUUUCAGAGUUAAAUGUAGUUUGGGGGUGGUAACUUACAAAACAGGUCGCCACAGAUCUUUUGAUUAGUCGUAUCAUCGUUGUUCAUUAGGAGGGAAAAGAAUUAACUAUUUUCAUACCCUACUGCUCUGUAGUUUAUUUUUACGUAUUCAAAUGAUCCUAGUUUAGCACUCAUAUUUUCUUAAAACAAAGAGGAUUUUUGGAAUAUUUAGCUUCAUUUGUUGUGGACUGUAAAUUUUCUCCAGAGUUUGAGUCUUGUUAUAUUUUUGCACAGAUUAAAAAGAGGAGACUCGCUGCAUGAAUACAGGACAUUUUUCAGGUCUGCUUCAUUAUGGAAAUUACAUACGCUUUAGGUAAUGAGACAGAAAUACACCUGAACAUGAAGCUUUUUUAUUUCAUUUGUUUUUAAACACACAACACUACAUAGAGUACAUGAAUGGAGGUAGCCCACAGUGUUAUGGCAGGCUAUCUGUUGUAAUUUUUAGGGUUUUGUUUUUUUCUUCUCUUUUUUUCCUCCAACAACACUAAAGAUUCAGCUGAAUCUGUGUUCUGUUUUUUUUACAAUAGCAAGCAGAGUAUUAAUAAAUGCCUGUUUGUUGAAAUCAGGUCAUUCAUCAUGUAAAACUUGUGGAAUAAAGACAUUUUAGUUUUCAUACCUGAUGCUUAUCAUGGGUCCAUAUGCAAAGUUACUGUGCAGAAACACCAGGGCUAACAUCAUGUACUUCCUGCUAUAGGAAGAAAUGCAUUCAUGGCAUUCUUCUAACAAGUAUCGUUAUUUUAGCUAACUGUAAAUCAUGAGAUGUAACAUAGGAAUCACUUCCAUAAAGAACUCUGUGGUUAACAGUUCUCUACAAAGACUAAAGAUUCAAGCUGUCAUUUGAUCUGAACUAAAAAAAAAAAAGGAAAACUGUUAUCAGCAAGUUAAACAGUUUUUAUUUAAUGUUAAAUAGGACAAAAUACUUCAGUCACAACUAGUUAAAAAUCUGCUUAAUUGUUAGAGAACUGUAAUUUCCAUGGUUGUGCAAAUUCCUUCUAACCCGUUUGUCUCUAAAGUGAUAUUGUAUAACAACUUUAGCUAAACAGCAGUUGAUAAGUUUUCCUUUAGUGCUUUCUGUCUGAAAGGUUCUGCAAGAUAUGGUUAAAAUUAUCCGUCAGCACAAACCAUCUUUUCUUGAAUGUAUGGAAUAGCUUGCUUAUUUCCUACAAAUUUAGGUCUUAAUUACAAAUCAAGUUAAAAUUUCAAGUUGGGUCUGUCAAAAUUUUGAUUUAAAUAUAUCUCAAAAUUUCAAGUUGUUUUUUUUUUUGUUUGUUUUUUUUUUGCAUUGGCAGAAAAUGGCUUUAAAAGCUAAACAAAAUUAUGACAGAUAAUGUAAAAUAAAGAAGGCAAGUCACUUCUACUAGUGAGCAAUGGUGACAAAUGACAGUUAUUGGUAAACCCUGUAUUAUAAAAUUAGCUCUAACAGCAGCCAUAAAUGGAAAAUGUUAAAAUUUAUCAUAAAGUAAUAUAUUUUCUGUUAUUGUUGGCUAACAUUAGCCAUAAGCAUAUGUUUAUAGCACACAUUAAACCCUUGGCCUCAAAAAUAGAAAUAACCUGACUUCCAACCUGUACAUAAUCAGUGAAGCAUCAUGAAGACUGAGUGGUAUGGUUUCAGGCUUCAAAUUUUAGCUAACCAUAUGCUAGCUGCUUAUGCCAGAACAAUAAACGUGGCAGAGAAAACCGUGAACCGAACUAAGUAAGGGUGAGGAGUACCGCUUGCCAAGAAAGGGGGAAAAAUCUAAAACCUGUUGCUGUGUCAUGAGUUGUCAUGUUUAGUAACUAAACCUUAAAAAAGCAUAUUAGCAUUCCAGUCAGGAUAAUUUUGCUAAUACGUUUCUGGAUAAUUAAAAAAAAAAAAAAGACCAAUACAACACUCGCAGUGCGUGAAGUUUCUUGAAAAAUACUGUGAUUGAAAACAUUUAAAGCUUUUCAAACUAUAAUUUCUUUCCUUCUGUUUGCUGUUUAAGAAAACAAAUAUUUCCUUCAAAUUAUGUCUUUGAGAGACAAAUUGCCACUUGCUUGAUUUUCUAACUGACCUCUUUUUUUUUUUUUUUUUUUUUUUGUCAAAUACUAAGAUACUUCUUGGGAGAAAAACUAGCCAUGUUUUGCUGAUGUUAGCUUCUGUAGGUAACUCGGUUAAUAAGACAUUGUGAAUGCCAAGUCUUACCAAAAAGGCUGGACGAAUAAUGACUCUUACAAUGUACACUCCAAUAAAAGGUUGAUAUAUACGUA